CACCAACAAACACACACAAACAGAGACACACCAAGACAUGUACAUUACCAGGGGCAGACUGACCAUUUGGAAACUCGGGCACUGCCCGAGGGCCCGGGGUCAGUAGGGGGCCCCAUGAGAUGCCCCUGGUACCUUUUUCAUAGGCUUUUUUUAGUUUGGGCAAGGACACAGGGGCCCCAUGAUCCCCUAUUGCCCGGGGGCCCCAUGAGUUGUCAGUCCGCCCCUGCCAAUGGUGAAGAGAGCGGUUGACAAUGGUUGGUAGUGCCUGGGAGCGAUGACAUCACCCA